GGUCAUGUCAGGAUGGAGAUCCGGCAGCAUGAGUGGCUCUCGGCCUCCCCCCACGAGGGCUUCGAGCAGAUGAGGCUGAAAAGCCGCCCCAAGGAGCCGUCGCCGAGCCUGACCCGAGUGGGCGCGAACUUCUACAGCAGCGUCAAGCAGCAGGACUACAGCGCCAGCGUCUGGCUCCGGAGGAAAGACAAGCUGGAGCACUCCCAGCAGAAGUGCAUCGUGAUCUUUGCGCUGGUGUGCUGCUUUGCCAUUCUCGUUGCAUUGAUAUUUUCAGCUGUGGAUAUCAUGGGAGAGGAUGAAGAUGGACUGUCAGAAAAAAAUUGUCAAAAUAAAUGUCGAAUUGCCCUGGUGGAAAAUAUUCCUGAAGGCCUUAACUAUUCAGAAAAUGCACCAUUUCACUUAUCACUUUUCCAAGGCUGGAUGAAUUUACUCAGCAUGGCCAAAAAGUCUGUUGACAUAGUAUCUUCCCAUUGGGAUCUCAACCACAGUCAUCCAUCAGCAUGUCAGGGUCAACGUCUUUUCGAAAAGUUGCUCCAACUGACUUCUCAAAGUAUUGAAAUCAAGCUAGUGAGUGAUGUAACAGCUGAUUCAAAGGUAUUAGAAGCCUUGAAAUCAAAGGGAGCUGAGGUGACCUACAUGAACAUGACUGCCUACAACAAGGGCCGACUGCAGUCCUCCUUCUGGAUUGUGGACAAGCAGCAUGUUUACAUCGGCAGUGCCGGUUUGGACUGGCGGUCUCUGGGACAGAUGAAAGAACUUGGUGUCAUCUUCUACAACUGCAGCUGCCUGGUCCUAGAUUUACAAAGGAUAUUUGCUUUAUAUAGUUCAUUAAAAUUCAAGAACAGAGUACCUCAGACCUGGUCCAAGAGACUUUAUGGAGUCUAUGACAAUGAAAAGAAAUUGCAGCUUCAGUUGAACGAAACCAAAUCUCAAGCAUUUGUGUCGAAUUCUCCCAAACUCUUUUGCCCUAAAAACAGAAGCUUUGACAUAGAUGCCAUCUACAGUGUGAUAGAUGAUGCCAAGCAGUACGUGUACAUCGCAGUCAUGGACUACCUGCCUAUCUCCAGCACAAGCACCAAAAGGACUUACUGGCCAGACUUGGACGGGAAAAUCAGAGAAGCAUUAGUUCUGCGGAGCGUCAAAGUUCGACUCCUUAUAAGCUUCUGGAAGGAAACUGACCCCCUCACAUUUAACUUUAUUUCAUCUCUUAAAGCUAUUUGCACUGAAAUAGCUAACUGCAGUUUGAAAGUUAAAUUCUUUGAUCUGGAAAGAGAGAAUGCUUGCAUUACAAAAGAACAAAGGAAUCACACCUUCCCUAGAUUAAACCGCAACAAGUAUAUGGUGACGGAUGGCGCAGCUUAUAUUGGAAAUUUUGACUGGGUGGGGAAUGACUUCACCCAGAAUGCUGGCACAGGCCUUGUUAUCAACCAGGCAGACGUGAGGAACAACACAAGCAUCAUUAAGCAACUCAAGGAUGUGUUUGAGAGGGACUGGUACUCGCCCUAUGCCAGAACCUUGCAGCCCACCAAGCAACCCAACUGCUCAAGCCUCUUCAGACUCAGACUCCCAUCAAACAAGACUGCCAUGUCCAACGCAAGUGGGAAGGACCCCUAGAGUGUGCAGUCUGAAUGAACAAACUUACGGGACAUCUUGUAUUUCACAUUUAUAUAUAUAUAUAUACAUAUAUAUAUAUAUACAAAAAAAAAAAGACUUGAGGAGAGAAAAACAAUUUAAUAUGUCUUUUUUAGGGGAAAAAGCACACACAAAAAUAUUCUCUGAAUGACAUGUAAUAACUAACAAUAUCUUAGGCGCGUGUACACUAAACUUAAGACUUUUGUAUUUGUUACUUCUGACAGAGAAUGUCAUUUUGGCUUGGAGGUUAGUUUUUACGUUUGCAUACAAAUUUUAAGACUUUGAUGCCUCUUCCUUUCUAGUUUUAGAACUUUUUCUGCUGACUACCUGGUCCGUUCAUAAGAAGCUUAGCAUGAGGUAAGCUCUUUAACACCAUCCUGAGAACUGCUGACGUAGAGGAGCGUGAGGAUUUUGUCCAGGAGAAGGGACUGAUCAAGCCAAGUAUUUGUCCUUGGAAACCAUUUCCAAGACCUCUAUGGUCAUGUAAGCAUGAACAGCUUACAUCUCAUGCUCAUCUUCAACACACUUGAAAAAUACCCUUUUUGCCUCCUUCUGCAUUUUUUCCAAUACCAUAGCUUUUAUUUUCUAUCAUUUUCUCUUCUCACAAAAUAUUAUAUAGCACCCCUAUAUUCACCUAAACAUUAGUUCCAAGUAUGAUUGUAUCUUUUGAAAAUGUAUGACUUGUUCAGAGUGAAUGCAAAAUGUAAAAAGCAGUCUUUAAUUUUCACCUUUCAACUGCACUUUUCCCUACCAAAUUGAUAUUUUAAAACCACAGCCAACAAUGUAUAUCCUUUCUCUCAAGCUCAGAAAAAUUAUGUAGCCACCUGCUAAUAUCCAGCAAGCUAUUCAGUCUGCAUUAUAAGAAUAAAGUAGUUUUUCACAUUUUUGUUUAGUUUAUGGUGUUUAAAAGUAGAUUUUAAUUUCUUUAUAAUCCUUUGCUGUUAAGAGUAUGCCAACAAACAUUUAUAGAGCUAUUUAAUAUAUCUCUGCUAUUUAAUAUACCAAAUGCUUUUCAGAGAAAUGCAAUUUAAAUACUGUGCUUAAGAUAUUUUACUAAGAAACAAAAAUAUUGGAUUAUUGUUCUAUUAUGUCCUUGUGUUGUUGUUUUAUAUCUAUAGAAUGUGUGUGCUCAGUCGUGUCCAACUCUGUUCAACCUGAUGGACUGUAGCCCACCAGGCUCCUCUGUCCAUGGAAUUUUCCAGGCAAGAAUACUGGAGUGGGCUGCCAUUUCCUACUGCAGGGGAUUUUCCUGAUCCAGGAAUCGAACCCGUGUCUCUUGCAUCUCCUGCAUUGGCAGACAGAUUCUUUACCACUGUGCCACCUGAGAAGCCCAUAACUAUAUGAUAUAUAACCCUAUGUUAAUGGAGACUGUUGCACUAGAGAUAGGCGUGGCCUAUUCAGAGCCUA